UGCUCAGAGUGUGGAAAGAGCUUCAGUUGGAGUGGCACUCUUAAGCUGCAUCAAAGAACCCACACAGGGGAGAAACCUUUUGAAUGCUCAGAGUGUGGAAAGAGAUUCAGUUGGAGUGGCACCCUUAAGCUGCAUCAAAGAACCCACACAGGGGAGAAACCUUUUGAAUGCUCAGAGUGUGGACAGAAAUUCAGUAGGAGUGGCACCCUUAAGCUGCAUCAAAGAACCCACACAGGGGAGAAACCUUUUGAAUGCUCAGAGUGUGGGCAGAGAUUCAGUAGGAGUGGCACUCUUAAGCUGCAUCAAAGAACCCACACAGGGGAGAAACCUUUUGAAUGCUCUGACUGUGGACAGAGAUUCAGUAGGAGUUUCAGUCUUCAACAGCAUCAGACAGUCCACACAGGGGCGAAACCAUAUGAAUGCUUAGAGUGUGGAAGGAGAUUCAGUGUGAGUUUCUACCUUCAACAGCAUCAAAGAUCACACACAGGGGAGAAACCUUUUGAAUGCUCAGAGUGUGGAAAGAAAUUCAGUCGGAGUAGUGAUAUUCAAAAGCACCGGAGAACCCACACAGGUGAGAAACCAUUUGAGUGCUCAGAGUGUGGAAAGAGCUUCAGUGUAAGUUCCAGUCUUAAACUGCAUCAAAGAACCCACACAGGGGAGAAACCAUUUGAAUGCUCAGAGUGUGGAAAGAGAUUCAGUCAGAGUGGCACUCUUAAGCUGCAUCAAAGAAUCCACACAGGGGAGAAACCUUUUGAAUGCUCAGAAUGUGGAAAGAGAUUCAGUCGAAAUGCCACUCUUAAGCUGCAUCAAAGAACCCACACAGUGCAGAAAACCCACAUAGGGAAACCUUUUGAAUGCUCAGAGUGCGGACAGAGAUUCAGUCGAAGUGGCACUCUUAAGCUGCAUCAAAGAACCCACACAGGGGAGAAACCUUUUGAAUGCUCAGAGUGUGGACAGAGAUUCAGUAGGAGUGGUACUCUUAAGCUGCAUCAAAGAACCCACACAGGGGAGAAACCUUUUGAAUGCUCAGAGUGUGGACAGAGAUUCAGUAGGAGUGAUAAUCUUCAACAGCAUCAAAAAACCCACACAGGGGAGAAACCUUUUGAAUGCUCAGUGUGUGGACAGAGAUUCAGUAGGAGUGACAGUCUUCAGCAGCAUCAAAAAACCCACACAGGGGAGAAACCUUUUGAAUGCUCAGAGUGUGGACAGAGAUUCAGUAGGAGUGGCACUCUGAAGCUGCAUCAAAGAACCCACACAGGGGAGAAACCUUUUGAAUGCUCAGAGUGUGGACAGAGAUUCAGUAGCAGUGGCCAUCUUCAGCAGCAUCAGAGAACCCACCGAGGGGAGAAACCAUUUGAAUGCUCAGAGUGUGGAAAGACAUUCAGUCAGAGUGGCCAUCUUCAGCAGCAUCAGAGAACGCACAGAGGAGAGAAACCAUUUGAAUGCUCAGAAUGUGGAAAGAGAUUUAUUCGCGGUGGCCAUCUUCAGCGACAUCUAAGAGCCCACACAGGGGAGAAACCAUAUGCGUGCUCAGAGUGUGGGAAGCGAUUCAAUCAGAAUGGCAAUCUUAAACUGCACCAAACAACUCACACAGGGGAGAAACCAUUUGAAUGCUCAGAGUGUGGGAAGAGGUUCAGUGUGAGUUCCUAUCUUCUAAAGCACCAAAAAUCCCACUCAGGGGAGAAAGCAUUUGAAUGCUCAGAGUGUGGAAAGAGGUUCAGUGUGAGUUCCUAUCUUCUAAAGCACCAAAAAUCCCACACAGGGGAGAAACUUUUUGAGUCGAGUGAAGAGGACGAAGGUGAACUGGGAGCAGCGGGGGGCCACACGGGAGAUGCCCGAAACCUCAGUCGGGCUGUAGAGGCCGAGCUGUUCCUGAUGCAGGAGGAGUUGAAAACCCGGAACACACAAGAGCAGGGGGACAGCCUGUUCUGUUGCCACCACCCGCGGUCUUGGAACCUCAGCCAAUGGGGCUGA